AUGACGACGAGCAGUGACGUCGAGGCCGGGUUCGCGAAGCUCCAAGGCGAAGACUUCGAGUACUACAUGCAGACCUACUCGAUAAUCCUCGGCCGGAACUCCAAGAAAUCCACCGUCGAUGUCGACCUCUCCAGCCUCGGCGGCGGAAUGAACAUUUCUCGCCACCACGCGCGCAUCUUCUACGACUUCACGCGCCGCCGCUUCGCCCUCGAGGUGCUCGGAAAGAACGGCUGCCUCGUCGAGGGGGUGCUCCACCUCCCGGGGAACCCUCCGGUGAAGCUCGACUCGCAGGAUCUGCUUCAGAUUGGGGACAAGGAGUUCUACUUUCUCCUUCCGGUGAGGAGCAUUCUCGGCGGGCCUAUUGGGCCGCGGCAUCACCCGGCGUCGUUCGGGGUUUCGGGCCCGGCGGCGGCGGGGCAGCAUUAUGGGUAUGCGCUGCCCGGCGCGGCGGCCGGGGCGGUGGGGAAGAAGGGGAGGGGGAGGGAGUUUUAUGAGGAGGAGUAUGAGGAUGAGGAUGACAUUGGCGGCGGCGGUGGUGGUGGGAGUGGGAGUGGGAAGAAGCGGAGGGAAGGGUUUGAUGGUGGUUAUGGUGGGUACAGUGGUGGGCCGGGGUCUGGAUCGGGCGCAAAGUCGGGUUCUAUGACCUUAGAAAAGAAGGGAGAUGGAAGAUCAAGGGCUGAUCGAGAUAGUGACAAUCAGCAACUUCUGCAUUUGGAAGAGAAGGAUGUGGUGUCAUCUGUUGCUACAGUGCUCUCUGACCUUUGUGGUCCUGGUGAAUGGAUGCCUAUGGAGAAACUGCAUGCUAAGUUGAUGGAACAGUAUAGUGGUAUUUGGCAUCAUACUCGAGUGAGGAGAUAUCUUACUUCUGAGGACUGGCCUGGUCCGGAGUCAAAGGGAAAACCUUGGUACGGCUUGCUUAUGCUGCUAAGGAAAUACCCAGAACAUUUUGUCAUCAACACAAGGUCUAAGGGCCGUGUAACCCUGGAAUUUGUAUCUCUUGUCUCGUUGCUUUCAUAAAAUUGUGAUACAUUAGAAGCAAGCUUAAUGCUGGUAGACUACAGUGUACUUUAUCGAGAAAUGAGGCUCCUUUCAGUAAGCUGUUGGGCAUUCCCUUGGCUGAUUGCCCAAAUUUGUACAAUUAUUGUAAGCUGCUGUCGAGCAGUGUUUAGGAAAUGUUGGAUACAUGUAAUUGAAUUUGCAAUGUCAGAAAGUUAUGUCACCUCAAAUGUUUACA